AGAAGGGGGCAUGACCGCGUCGCGACGCCGGUAUUCCACUACAGUCAGUAUUCACUUUGGUUCUUAUCAAUACGGAUGCAUUUCGCCUUCGUCAAUAUAUCGUUAUCAACAUUUCCCGCGUGUCCAGUUUAACAGUGAAUUAUAUUUUCGUUUUCUUCCACGUGAGAAAUUACUAUUGGCUCCCCUCCCAUUUUAACACACACUCAAACGUCCUCUACCUUCAAUAUACACGUGAAAUAUUAUUUCCUCCAACAAAAAAGAAAAAAGACAAUAUAUUUUACCAAUUUCGUAACAUAUUUCAUUUUACCAUGUAAUUCAAAGUGAAUGAAAUUUUCAUUAUUAAGUGAAUUUAAAUGAGAAUGUAAAACAAUAGUAAAAGUUAAAAAUCAGUGAUGUGCAAAAUUAAGGAGAAUUUUUGUUUUAAGUAAAUGAGAACUUAACCAGGAAAAAGAUGUUCUAGUUUUUGUACAUAUACAAAAGUGGAGGAGAAUGAGUAGAAACUUGAAACCCUUGACGUGAGCUUGUUUAGUACUGUAUAUGCACACAUUAUUGCAUAGAGUAUAAAAGUGUGAUUAGAAAUUGAAAAAAAGUUUUAAACGAUAUAUCUGAAAUUCGAUAGGAGGAGAAAACGAUUAUAAGAAGAAAGGAGGGGAAAAUAUUUAUAGACUUGUUAAGAAGAAAAUAAAAAGUUAUGAUAUUAGAAUCAUCAAUGAUUCGUGACGGAAAAAGUAAAAGAAAGAGGAUAUGGGAAAAAUUAUAUUAAAGAAUUCUCAAGAGUGUCCUAUGCACUGGAUGGAGGAUCCAGGAACUCAAAUUUCAACAUCGCGAUAUCUUCUUCAUGCGACUGCUCUUUAUUUCGUUAUUAUUGUUACUUUAUGGUGCAUUCCCGCCUGUCUUUAUCAUCGAAUAUCAGAAUCCGGUCAAUCAGUGGUACUGACAUUAGUUGAUACUGCGGCCUCCGAACUGCAAAGUUUGGCUGAUCCAAAAAUCGUCUCGGAAUUUAGAGCAAGAUCAUUGUCAAAUAAUUUAUCAUUAAGUAAUACAACGCCGAGAAAAGAGGAAGAAAUAUUUGAGACUGCCACUGAGACGAAAUCAGAAAUUGUCAUAACAACUGAGAGAGUUAAUGACAGUGCAAUUAUUAAUAAUAUUACCGAGGCAAAAGAGACGAAAGCACUUAAUGACGAUGCCGAAACUGUAGUUAUUGUUAGGGCUGAGAAAAAGUCGGGUGUCGAGGAAAAUAUUAAAAUUGAAGAUGAAAUCCAAGUGGCGAAAGACGAAGCAUUGGAGAAUGUGGAAAUUAAUCAAGUGACGGAAUUAAAUGAAAGUUCAACUAAAACACAAAUUGAAAGUAAUGAUGAUACGCCAUCCAUUGCUUCCGAGGGGAUUAUCACACCAGGACCUUCUGACACCCAAGAGGAUAUGCCAUCAUUUAUUGAAUGGUCCCAAAAACAAUUGGAGGAAGACGAGAAAAAGAAGACACAUCCAAAUGUUUCUGUUCAAACUCCUGGAAGUCCGGGAAAGAGCGUCGGUGGAAUGAAAAUGCGCUCGAAAAAUUACGCCUCACCGGAUUGUGGAGCGAAAAUCAUAGCUGCUAAUCAUGAGUCGCAAAGUGCUCGAAAUGUUCUUGUUUCGACGCGCGACGAAUAUAUGCUAAACAAAUGUACCUCACGAAUUUGGUUUAUUGUCGAACUUUGUGAAGCGAUUCAAGCGAAGAAAAUUGAAUUAGCCAACUUUGAAUUAUUUAGCUCGUCGCCAAAAGAAUUUUCCGUUUUUGUCAAUGAUCGUUAUCCAACACGAGAAUGGAGUUCUGUGGGUCAUUUCACUGCAAAAGACGAGCGCGAUAUACAAAGUUUUGUCCUACAACCACAAUUAUUUGGAAAAUUUAUUAAAAUCGAGCUCCAUUCACAUUAUGGCUCAGAGCAUUUUUGUCCAAUUUCCCUUUUUCGCGCCUAUGGCACCAGUGAAUUUGAAGUACUCGAGACUGAAACCGAGGUGCAAACAUCAAAUUCAGAUGACGAGGACAACGACAAUGAGAACGGUGAGGAACUCUUUGAAUCUGAAGGCGGUGAAUCGACGAGAAAUUUAUUUGGCAGUGCAAGGGACGCCGUUUUGAGUAUCGUUCGUAAAGCAGCUGAAGUUCUCGUUAAAACGGGCGAUUUGAGUCGAAAUAAUAUCACGAAAAUUCAAGAAAGUAUCAGAGGUGAUUUAUUUCAAAGUUCCUUUACCAGUUGCACAACACCGAGAUAUGCGAUCGUCUGUAAAAAUUGUUCGGACGAUAGAUUCGCCCGAGUUUUUCAACUAUUGAGUUGUAGACAUCGCGAUCUGAGUUCUCUGCUUGAUAAAAAUCUGAUAAAAAAUACGUUACGUGACAGUCACCUUUGCUUUACUCAAACCGGAAAAUCCGAAGAGGAUGAAGACUCUUGUAAGGCCCGUGAUCUUCAAGCGACAUUUCUCGCCUCUGUUCUCACACCCGAUUACCUCAUUGCACUUUGCAAUGUCCUAGCCGCCAAAGACGGAAAAGUUGUUCUCAAUUCAAGCGACGAAAUUGCCCCAAUUCCCGACAAUGGAACACUGAAGGAAGAAAUCCUCGGAUCGAAGGAAGAGAAACGUGAUUUUUCAAUUGACAACGUACCCAAAGUGACGCCUCCCUGUUCACUCGACACCACUUCCCCGGCUUGCAAACCAACCAUUAACAUUCAAGAACGUCACAGCAAUUCCAAUGAGAAUUUAGACAAAGAAUCCGAAUCAAUUUCAGUAACUCUUGUCGAAGCUUCAACGACUAAUGAAAUUCUCACAACCCAAAUAAAACCCACGAAAACAUUGAAUAAUGAGGAAACAAAAAAGGAAGUGCCCGUUCUGGAACCAAGUAAGGAUCAAAUUGACACGCCCGAAAUUGUGACCACUUUAUCGCCAAAUAAUGCCCCGAGUCCGGUUAUCAAGCAACAGGAUGAUUUUGCAACACAAAGUGAAAUAGUGGGCAAAAUUGAGAACACAAUUCACGUUUCUUCGACUCUUAUCACUAAUAAUGAAGCGGAAAAGACUGACAUUGAGGAUAAAGAAACGCAGGUGAAAAUUCAGGAGGUGAAUAAAUUGGUUGAUGUGAAAAUUGAGGGACAAGAACAAACUAAAUUAGAUUUAGGUGAGGAGGUUAAAAUUCUCUCUCAGGAGCAAAUGAAUUUCGAUAGUCUUCUAUCUGAUUUUAAAGAAUUUGAGGGAGAUUCCGUUAAUAAUGGACAAAGUGGCAGUGCAUCUGCAGCACAACCCACGGCUAGUUCUACACCUCAGCAGAAGGAAUCCGUUUUUCUUAGACUCUCGAACAGAAUUAAGGCACUCGAACGUAAUAUGUCACUGAGUGGUCAAUAUUUGGAAGAAUUGAGUCGAAGAUAUAAAAAGCAAGUGGAAGAAAUGCAACGCUCUCUCGAACGUGCAACGUCAGCAAUGAGCGAAGAAUCGCGUAAAGGCGAAGAACGUGAUUUAAAAAGAAUGGAGGAAAUUGCAGCGCUUCGUGAAGUGAUUAAAAGUCUUUCAAUAUCGGUAGAGAGUCUCGUUUACGAUCGUGACAGUUGGCAAAGUAAAUUAUAUUAUCUCGGCGAACAUGUCAUUCUCAUCUGUAUAAAUAUCAUUAUCAUCAGUUUCAUUAUUUCCUAUUAUCGAAGAACAAUUGAUUUCGAUGAUGAAGACGAUGAAGAUAGAGAAAUAAAUGUAUUUACUGAAAAUAAAAUAAAAACUCGUCGAAAACCCACUGAUUUUCUCAGGGAAAAAACAGUUUUACCGAAAAAAUCCAAGAAACGAAGACCUAGUGAAAUUGCCAAUAAUAUUGCCGGCACAUAUGAAGAAUUAAUGAUUGAAGAUCAAAGAUUAGUGACAAAUUCACGUAAAGAGAAGAAGAGAAAACGAAAAAGGGAAUUAACAUUUAAAAUCUCCAAUGGAGACACCAAAGGUAACAUUGUACGUUACAAAGAAGUUUUUAGUAAUAAUUUACCACCGAGAAAAAUUUCUUCAAGUUCAAUCGUUGCGAAGGAAAUGGUAAAUUUAAAUGAUAAUAAACCUGAUUCUACGUCUGAAAAUAGGGUUAAUGAUAAUCUCACGAAUAGAAUUGAAAUUCUAUCAACAGAAUUAGAUGAUAGUGAUCGAAAUUCUUCAAUACCAAAUGAAAUAAAUUCAAAUAAAACUAUUUAUACAGUGUCAAGUAAUGAAGUUGAAGCCGAACCCAUUAAAAAGGGGUUCAAAUCGAAAUUAUCGUCACCAUCGUUUAUGAAAACGGCACUUGGAUCCCGUAGUAAAAGAUUUUCAUCGUCGAGGAAUAAUGAACGAAAAUCGGAAAUUUCAGAUAGAAAUAAAUUUAGAAUUCAGGAGAAUAAUUCUAGUCUUCGAAUAACAACAACAACAACAACAACUGCUGAUGGACAUUUAAAUGGUUCAACGGCCAAUGGUUAUGCGGAUGAGAGUGACCGAAGUAGUAGUGCAACGCCAAAUUCGGAAAAAAAAGAAAAGAAAAGUACUGGCUUGAGGAAAAUGGAGAAUCAAAAUUUAAAAGAAGAGAAGGUACAGAAAAGGAGACAAAAUAACAGUGGUAUUUAAAAGAAAAAAAUACUUGUGAGACCAUGAUUGAUAUAAAUUCAUUUCACAAUUGCAAUUUAAAUAUUACGCAAAUAUAUUUUCGGGUUUGAAAUGUAUUUUUGAGAAUAUUUUAUUAAAUAAUUUCAAAAAUUAUUUUUUUAUAAAAACUAUUUCAAAACACGAAAUAAAUUACUUUUAUCUGUGGGUUUGUGUACGUGUAUGUGUAUGUGUGCGGAAAAAAAAGGAAAAUUUAUCACCCGAUUGACUAUAGAUAUUUAAAAAUGACUGUAGAUACAUUAGACUAGGUAGGAUAUCAAAUUAACUCAAUGACGAUGACUAAUAAAUAUCGAUUUGAAGAAAAAAAGAGUAAGAGAAUGAUCUUUGCACAAUAUUAUUAAACGAUCAUUCUAAUUACUAAUCUAUAUUAAUUACCAAAGAGAGUUUUUCUUUUUUUUAAUAUAAUAAUAAAAGCAGAAUGAAUUUGUUUUGAUGAAUCUCUAAAAAAUAUUCCGGAUAUUUUUAUUGGAAAAUUGCCUUGUAAAAAAAUAUUCGGAAUUAAUUUUUAUUAUUAUUAUUUACUGAAUAAAUAAUAAUGAUACUUAUUCAACACUAAGUUUUAUCAUGAACGCACAAUGUGUUUUUUGGAUUAAUGAAAAUGUGUAAUAUAUUGAUUCAAGUUAGUCAUUUUUAUCAAUUCAGAGCAGUUAGAAAGAAAUUGUUUGGUCUUUUAGAAAAUAGAAACUAGUCAAUAACAAAAAUUCGUCUCUAAAGAUUUCAUUUUUAAAUUUUUAUUUUCUUAAAAGGAGAAAGUCUACUGUCAAUUUAGUUUCUUUUUUUUAAAGUAAUGAAAUGUGAAGAGUAAACCUUGCCUGAAUAUAUAUAUCGUAAUUUUGCAGUAAUACUCUCUGUGAUAAUUUGCUCCACAAUUAAAUGCAAAUGAAAAAAUGAAAAAAAUAUUUCUUUUUUGUAAAGAAAUAGGAGCGUUGAUCUGAAUACUUAAAUUCUGCAUGAAGAGCGUUAUUUACGAUUAAUGUGCAUUUAUUGAUAACUUUUUGUUUUAAUAUUCAAUCAAUUUUGAGUCGAUAUAUGAAAGUUUAUGUUGUUCUUCGAAUAACGUAUUACGUUUUACAUGAUUGAGUUAUCGCCGCAAUCAUUAUUUAAAUACGUAAAUAUAAAUUAUUCUCAAUAUUGUCGUGUGUGAAUUGUAAAAUUAUUAUUUUUUCUAUUUAUAGCAAAUUUACGGAAUAAUUUUUUUGUUUUUAGUAACGUACUUAUUUUCCAUUAGUGUGCAUAAUACGAUAUACAAGAAAAUGUUUUAUGUUAAUGAAAAAUGUACGCUUGCGGUUUUUUUUCUUUAAUUUUUUUCUCUUUCAAAAAUUGUAGGCAAUUUUUUUUGCAAAAGUCUUAGAUAAACAGAAAUUUUACUAUUAGGGCAAUUGAAAAGAUAUUUAAAAAAUUACAUUUUUUUUAUCUUUUCUUUAAAUUUUGAAUAUUUGUUUUUUGGGGAAAAACUAUUGCUAGUUAAUUGCCUGGAAUUUUUCAAGUUCUCACUUGGCAGAUCCAAUUAUAAAAUUAUAACAAUGACAAUAUAAAAUAAAAAACUAAAUAUACAACAUUUUGGUUUAAUGUAGCGUCAUCUCUUUUUGAUAAUUAAAUAUCAGGAAGAAGAUUUUCUUUAAUAAAGUUGAAAAUUUAUUGAUAAAAUAGCCCAAUGAGAAAAUUAUUUUACUUGAAAUUUUAAAGUACCUAGUACUUAAGUUCCUCGUAUUUUUUUUAGCUAUUAUAAUUAUUACUUACAAAAUAAACAGUAUUACGCAUAUGUUUUAAUUUUCCAUACUUGUAAGCUUAGUUUUCACUAGAUUUUUUUUCCAAUUCAAUUUACCGUAAAAUCUGUCAAUUUUCCUUCUAUUAGAAAAGUAUUAAAUCACAAAUAAAUUCGGCGUAAAACAAUUGAAAAGCAAUGCCAAUAAUUAUAAAAGCAAAUAUUUUAUUUGUAAAUAAUUCCUUAUUUAUUGUAGAAAAAAACUAUUUUUUCCGAGUAAAGAAAUUUUUAAAUGGCUAUUUUACCAAUAUUAGAAAAUAAAAUAAAAUAUUGUAAAUAUGCAUCAGCAUCCCGUGUAGAAAUUUACCGUGGAAGUGUAUGAGAAACUGUCCAGUUGCGCUAGAUUCAAUCUAGCAACUAGAUGGAAAAAAUGGACAGGCUUGAACGAGGGAUGCAACGUCAAGAUUUUGUGCAGUUAUUUUGUCUAGUCCUUGUCUAGUAAAAUAAAUCAUUCCUAGCCAGUUCCUCGAUAUUAAAAUAAUCAGUUUCUACAUACUGGGAAUAAUUGUUAGGUUUAUAAAUAAUAAAAGAAUAUUUUUCAACUUUACUCUUUUGUUUGUUUAACUUUUAAACAAACAAAAGAGUUAUACAAAAGUAUUUGUUAUUAUCACAAUUUCUCUUACAAUUAUUUUUGAAAUUAAUAAAUUGUAACUAAUUUUGCUACAUUGGAUUUUUUCUUUAAAACACAAACACAUUCACUAUAAAGAUUCGUACUUGUAUACCGAUAAUAAAAUGAAUUGUAUAUUAUAUUGUUGCAAUCACAAAAAAUUCACUUAAAAUUACCAAAGUUUUAUUACUUAUUAUGAACAUUAUAAUAUGAAAAACAAUCUGAGACUAUGAAUGAUGACAUCACAUGUCCUUUUUCUAAUAAAUCUUCUUUUCGCUGUAAUAUAUUUAAACUUGUACACUGUCCCUGUUCAAAAAUGGAAAACUGAAAACUUUUUACUAGAUUUGUAAAUUUGAUUCUAUCUUCAAGGCCUUUCUCCAAUAGGUUUUAAAAAGUGUGCGAAUGACUGCGUCUGCGUCGGUUGCUAUAGCAACACAUGCUAAAAUCAACGCAACGCAGUCAUUCGCACACUUUUUAAAACCUAUUGGAGAAAGGCCUUCAAGGAGAGUCCAGAAUAGAGUCGACGUCGGUAUAAACGCGCUGAUACUAACGCGCUCCUCCUAUGUAUUCCAUAUGGACGAGCGCGUUACUAUCAGAGCGUAGCUUAGUUGACUCUCAGAGCCACCUUCUCCACGAACUUGUACUAAAUUCUUAAGUCAGCGUCCUAGACAGUGCCUAGCUAAUUCUUGGACAACCUGCUAUACGAACUUGUACUGAAUUUUUAAUUCAGUAUCCUAGACAAAUUUUAGCCAGAUUCUAGACUGUCUUCAUAGCGAAGAAAAUAAAGGGGAAAACUGUACAUUAACAUUUCGGGGCCAGGACAGUUUUUUCAGAAUAAUUUUCCACGACAAAUGCUAUCUAGCUGUAGUCUAUUUCUAGGAAGGCCACGACAAAUUUCUACACGGGAUUAUUCUAUUUACUGUAAAAAUUAAAACUGUUAAAAAUUCGAUUUGCUUUUGAAGCAAAUUUCGAUAUACAUCGUUAGUUGUAAACAAUUAUUUAUUAAUCCAUAAGGCUGUUAUACAUAAA